AUGGAAAAACAAGUGGAAAUCUUCUACAGGGGUCAGAAGGCCUUCCUGAACAUCUUCUCUUUGUGGCCGCAGAAGGAACGCUGGCGGAGAAUCUUUCACCAGCUCAACUACGUACACGUAAUGGGUUUCUGGGUGCUGCUCUUCGACUUAAUCCUAAUCAUACACGUGGUAGGCAACUUAAGCCACAUGUCCGAGGUGGUCAGGGCCAUCUUUGUGCUGGCCACCAGUGCGGGGCACACCACCAAACUGAUCAGCGUUAAGGUCAAGAAUGUGGCUCUGGAGAAACUAUUCAAGCGGUUGGAUGAUGAGGAUUUUCGACCCCAGAGUCUCGAGGAAGAGAAGACCUUCAAGGCUGCCUGUGAAACGAGUCGCAAACAGCGGAAUUACUAUGCAUCCUUGUCCUUUUGCGCCUUGGCCAUGAUCCUUGGGACUCAAUUGUUGUUGGAUUGGUCCCAACUCCCACUGAGCACAUUUAAUCCUUUUAGUGACCAUCCUGGCUCGCCCGGCUAUUGGUGCCUGUACUGCUACCAGAGCCUGGCCUUGUCCAUCUCCUGCGUUACGAACAUUGCCUUUGAUUCCCUCUGCUCCUCCCUGUUCAUCUUUAUCAAGUGCCAGCUGGACAUUUUGGCACUGAGACUGAAUAAGAUGGGAUGUGGUCCGGGUACGGGAAGAGGAGUCGUGGAGAGGCAGCUGAAGGAGUGCAUCCGAUAUCACACAAACAUCGUGGAGUUGACUGAAACCGUUGAGCUUUUGCUCUGCAAACCAAUUUCGGUUCAGAUCUUCUGUUCCGUGUUGGUCCUGACGGCCAACUUUUAUGCCAUUGCCUUGCUCUCCGAAGAUGAGAUCGUUCUGUUUAAAAUGAUAACCUAUCAGGCUUGCAUGCUAGUUCAGAUCUUUAUUUUGUGCUACUUUGCCGGCGAGGUCACCAAUCGCAGCAUGGAGCUGCCCCACGAACUGUACAAGACCAGUUGGAUGGAGUGGGACCGCUCCAACCGCCGUAUUCUGUUGAUGUUCAUGCAACGGUUGCACUCGACUCUGCGUAUAAGGACCUUAAAUCCCAGCCUUGGCUUCGACCUCCAGUUAUUCGGCUCGGUAAGUUGGCCCUUGAUUUCUUUUUGCAGUGUUGUCAAUUUCCAUAAUGAGGCUCAUUAGUUGGCAUUAGCUGGUGGAAAUGUGUGGGAAUUCGUGGGCUAUAUAAGCCGUUCGUCGGGGGGA